GUUAGCUACGCCUCUGCUCAGCUUGUGUCGGCAGUUGCGCGCUGCCCGCUUCGAACUACGCUCGCCGCCACCGGACGAAAAUGUGUCUCGCGCCCACUGUGUGCUGAAGUUUAGUGUCUGUGUUCGUGUUCUCAUUUCGUACAUACUAAUAAAAUUUACCAGUACCUGCCAGUACCUGAAAUUUAGACAAUGAUGGCACCCGAAACAGUGGUAACCGUGGAUCACAACAAGCCCAAUGCGCCGCCGCAGCAGCAGCAACAGCAACAGGGAAAUGCGCUUGAAUGGCUCAAAUUCAACAUCGACUACUUCAAAACUCCUCCAGGCCUACUCAAAGUUGUCGAAUUGAUCUUAGGUAUUCUGUGCAUGGCGCUGGCGUCGCCGUGGUACUCGACGUGGUUCGUGUUCGUGGCAGUCACCUGCUUUAUCACCACGCUGAUGUGGAGUUUCGUGUACCUUCUGAGCAUCAGGGAGGCCUUGAAGAUACCUAUCAACUGGGUUUUAUCUGAGCUGAUAGGCACGGCCAUCCAAGCUGUUCUGUACCUGAUAGCUUUCAUAGUGCUGUUCGCUGCGACUGCUCAUACUUACUCAUCGUUUUACGGUGCUAAUGUCGCUGCUGCUGUGUUCGGUAUCUUCAACACGGCCGCGUACGCAGCGAGCGCUUUCAUAUUGUUCAAAGAGCACAAAAGUACAGUGGGUGUGGCGGCGUGAGCAGCGUCUGCGCCGGGCGGCCAGUACACGUAACCUCAGUAAACCGAUGGGACCCUAAUUACAUCAAGUGACCAGCACUAUUGUUACUACUAUACAAUUAUCAGAUGAUUAUUGUUAAUGAAUUAGGAUUUCUAAAUGAAAUAAUUGAAAAAUAUUACGUUACACACACUGGUAAGAUUUAUUGUUGUUUUUCCUAAUUUAAUAAUUUAUUACACUUAAUAAAAACUUGAAUGGACACAAGUAGAGCAUGACGUGUUGGGCACUUGUUAAAUUGGGCGUUGCACGCACUUUAUCAUUUUACUGAAUAAGUGUAAUUUUUAAUUGUGUACACAAAUCUUGUAGUCAUCAUUUAUAAUGUAUAAAACUACACAAAGGUUAAAGAAAUAGAUAUCAGUAUAUUUUUGUAAAAAAAUGUUUUACUAAGCUGAUAAACUUUCGAUAUUUGUGUGCAUGCAGCGUUGUAAAAAAAUACCUAUUUGAAAUUUCGAAAGCACAUUUUUUACAAAAUACAGGUUUGAGCAUGCAAUUAUUUAAAUGUUAGUACCGAUAUAUUGUUACUCCUAUGGCCAUAGACAUAGAGUAGUUUACUUAUAGUUAAAUAGGUACCUACACAAAGCAUGUUUACAUUAUUUAAGAUUACAGUGUUUUACAUAAAUUAUGUAAAUAACACAUUCACUUUAAGAUACCUUUUUGAGUGCCUUACAUAGAAAUAGAUUUAAAAUUAUGUGAUACAGAAUGAUAAUUCUGAUAUUAAAUCAAUAAGUCACAUGACAACAAUUUCCAAAUAAUUUAAUUAAUUUCAAACACUAAAGUAGGUACCAAAUAUUUUACUACCUACAUUCUCACGAUUUUCACGCAUACACUUAAUGUUACAAGUUUUCACAUGCAAUUAUUAUUAUGUUUCUAAAUCUAAAUGAUUACCUAAUUAUUUAUAAUUCUAUCUUAUCUUAUUUUUAAGUUUAGACUAGUCUUACGAAAUUAUUUUGAACAAAACGAAUUUUUAAAUGUUUCAUAGAUUAAGCAACGACUCAGAAACAUUGUGUAAGAACAAAUCAUUCACAUUAUAUAUGUAUAGAAAUCUCAAAAAUGUACAAUACUUACAUUACAUUUAGUUGUUAAUAUACGUUAAAUAACCUACGUUCCGAUAAACAUUGCAGCUGCAGAUAGGUAAUAUGUUAUUUUUAAUAAGGUGGCACACAAUUAAUCGGUCCACCGAUUAAUCAAAUCAAUCAUUGACUUAUUGCAAAAACUGUUAUCUGUUACUUAUAUCAGUUAUAUUAUUCGUACUAUCUGUCUUCUCAAUAAAUAAAGUAUCAAAUUAUUGAGAUUUACAGAGCUCAAAAAUACGGAGAAGAGAUUUGAAAAAAGCUCCAAAUAAGCCGCAUUAAAAUCAAUUAAAAUCGUGCGUUCCCGUUUUAGUUGACCUUCUUCUAUUUAAAACAUGUUAUGUAACACUUAUAAAUGUCAUUUAUUUAUUUUUAGAAACGCUCAUAUGUUAUUGCAAUUAAACAAUUAUGCAUCUUCACGAAAUGUUGAUUACUAAAUGUAUUUUUGGUUGUGACAAUGAAAAUUCCAUCUUUAUUCGGUGAAGAAUUUAGAUAGCUUUUCCACUUUCAGGCAUAUCUCUGGGAAUGGUGCAUACCUGUUCUGUCUCUUUUUUGUCUGAAGACUAAUUUAAGCUCUAACACUAAUGAGUCCUGCCUCCAUUUUUGUAUGCCUAUAUGCAUUUAUUUGUCUUCAAUAUGAUGUGCUUGAUCAUGGAAUACGAGUAGAUCUACCACUAGAUAUACCUUAACACCACAAUAUUAUGACUGAGUAACUGCAAUUGAAAUUGAAAAUUUGGAUUGAGUCUAUUCCUUAAAAUGGAGGCAGGGCCCAGAACCGUAUAAUUUAAAUAAUGAUUUUUGUUAUGUACUGAAAUAUUUAAGUUGUGUUGACAGUUUUGCGAUUCCGUUGUCGUACAAAAAUAUUAGGCUGUCUAGCACAGCAAUUUGUUUCAGGUAAUUUGCUUUGUAUGACUACGGAAUGAUGAAGAUUUAUACUAUAGUUAAUGAUCAUUAUUUAACUAAUUUGUAAAAAGUUAAUAAAUAUAUUUUAACGUA